UGGGACCCCUACCUAAAACCAAAACAGGGAACAAGUUCUUAUUGACAAUAAUGUGCUCAAGUACAAGGUAUCCUGAAGCUAUAGCUUUACACAACAUAACCACCAAAACUAUUAUGCCUGCAUUGAUUAUGUUUUUCACAAUUUUUGGUAUUCCUAAGGUCAUACAGGGUGACAGAGGUUCUAAUUUCACCAGUAAAAUGUUUAAGGAUGUUAUGAAAAUAUUAAAUGUUACACAAUGUAACUCUACUGCUUACCACCCAGAGAGUCAAGGAGCAUUAGAGAGGUUACAUCAAACCCUUAAAUGCACUUUGACAAAAUUUUGUAAUGAGGUUGACAAAGAGUGGGAUGAAAGUGUCCCGUUUAUGUUAUACGCAGUGCGAACUGCUAAAAAUGAAAGUUUAGGUUAUUCCCCAAGUGAGCUUUUAUUUGGCUAUCAGAUUAGAGGACCUUUAGAGAUUCUUUUUGAAAGUUUGGUAAAUGAAUACGAGACGGACAAUUUAAGUUUAUAUGUGGAAAAUAUGAUUGAAAGAAUUUAUAAAGUGAGAGAAUUUGCAAUUUCAAAUAUGGAAAAGGCACAAAGUAAGAUGAAAGAUAAUUUUGAUAAAAGGGCGAUAAAUAAAAAAUUCAGUGCUGGUGAUGAAGUAUUGCUGUUUAACCCUACCAGGAAAUACCCAUUAAGUGCUAAGUUUGAAGGUCCUUACAAGAUCAUAGACAGGAUAAGUGAUGUUAAUUAUGUCAUUGCAAAAACAGGGGAAAAAGGAGAUAAAAAGGUAGUACAUAUUAACAGACUGAAGGAGUAUAUUGAUAGAACUGAGAAAAUGAAAACUGUCAUGAGUACUUGUAAAAAGGCUAAAUCAAGUAGUAAUCAUGAUUGUAAACAGUAUGAUUCUGACUUUGAACAUAAAACGCUAACCCAUUUAUCCUCAGAUCAAGCUCAGGAUGUAAUAUCACUUUUAGAAGCAUUCCCGACAUUGUUCAGUGAUGUUCCUAGCUACACGUCAUUAGUGGAGCAUGAUGUAAAGCUGCUGCCCGGAGCUACUACAGUGAAACAACCACCUUAUAGGAUGUCUCCAGUUAAGUUUGAGAUUUUGAGUAAAGAAAUUAAAUUUUUGUUGGACAAUGAUAUAAUUGAACCAGGUACUAGUGAAUGGGCAUCUCCUUGCCUUUUAGUGCCUAAAUCAGAUGGUAGUUGGAGAUUGUGUACUGAUUAUAGAAAAGUUAAUACCCUUACAGUUUCAGAUUGUUUCCCACUUCCUAGAAUCGAUGACAUAAUUGAUAAAGUUGGCUCUUCAAAAUUUAUUUCACGUAUUGAUCUUUUAAUAGGUUAUCAGGUUCCACUUACUGAUAAUGCAAAGAGAAUCUCAGCUUUGAUAACUCCUACAGGUUUAUAUCAGUAUAAAACUAUGCCCUUUGGUAUGAAGGAACACCUGCUACUUUUCAGAGAUUAA